AUGAAAUUUCUCCUGGACGGCUGUGAUCGUCGAGUCGAGGCAUCUACGGCUGGGAACGCGCCGGCCAGCUCCGUUGCUGGAAAUGGGGAAGGAACAGUCGAGGGAGAGGAGAACGGGAAGGGGACGCUGGAAGGAGGUGGGGAAGGCGAUGUUGACGAUGCCAGUGCCGAGGUAGGGAUUGAACCCGGGAGACCCGAGAACAGCCACAAAGACAGAUGCGAAGGCAACGCAGAGAAGGAGGGAAAGAAACGCGCAGCUGUUGACGCGAGGGUCCUCGAACUUGCUGUGACCGCAGUUGUGACAGUGCUGAAGGCGGUUGCUUUGGCGGAGAUCCCUAAUGCGCAGCUGGUGCAGAGGCUGCUGGACGUCGGUGUGCGAGCAACGCUUCACGCAGAGACUGAAAAGCCGUCUUCUGCAGAGGGUGUAUCCGCAGGGCUUGUUGGGGAACAGUUGUUGGCGCUGGUGGCUGGUGCUGUUGCUGUUCUGGAUGAGAUGGUGAAAAGAGAGGAGGGGCUAGAUGCGUUGAAUAAGGGAGUGGGUACUUUGCAAGAGGUGCCGCAGGAGGGGGUGGAAAGCGAAGCUGAUGCUGGAAGAGGAGUAGUAGGAGACGGAGAACAUUCAGGAGUUGAGGUUCAGUUGGGGGCUGGUAACGGAAAAGAGACUGCUGUUGUGGGAGGAGCGGGCGGGGCGAAAGCGGAAGUUCUACACGUGCUGCUGUCGUUCCUGUCCCUUGUCCUGUCCGCCUGCAGGGGUAGUGGUGGUCUGGGAAGAGGAGGGAGUGUUCUGGAAGAAGAAGAAGAGACAGGGAGGUUUGAGUUAAGAGAUGAGGAGUUGGGGGAGGGGAUGGGCAAGGAGGGGAUAGAGGAUGACGACCAAGCAGAGGAAGAGCACGAGAAAGAGGAGGGGGAGGUGGAGGAGGAGGAGGAGGAGGAGAACGAGGAUUCAGAGAAGGAAGAGGGCGAUGACGAGGAGGAGGAAGAGGAGGAGGAGAAAGAGGAGAAGGGAAAGGUGGAUGACGAUGCAGAAAAACCGGAAGGUGGAGAGGACGGGUGGUCUGAUGAGGAGCUGGAGAGUCGCUUCCUCAACACCUUUGCAGACUCCAUCAGGACCUCAUGCUCCUGCUCAUCACUCCCCUCUGCGUCUGGCUCCGCAGCAGGAACAGGAGCAGCAGCAGCAGCAGCAGCAGCAGCAGCAGCAGCAGGAGCAUCAGGGGGAGCUGCAGCAGCUGCGGCACCAGGGUGGUUGUCCCCAGCGGAUUUAUCCGCGCAAGCAGCAGCAGAGGCGGAGGAAGAGAGGGCUGUGGCGUCCCGCGUGUGCUCGUUUGUGGUGAGUGGCAGCAACUUCAUGGAGCAGCACUGGUACCUCUGCUACACCUGCGACCUCACAGUGUCCCGCGGCUGCUGCUCCGUCUGCGCUGCCGUGUGCCACAAGGGCCAUAAGCUCGUGUACUCGCGUUUCUCCAGGUUCUUCUGUGAUUGCGGUGCGACUGGCCCGGCUCCCCCGUCUAGCGCCCCUCCUGGCGCCCACACGAGUGGUUCCCUGGCAGGACCUGCUAGACGCUCUGGUGCUCCUCCUGCUGGUGCUGGUGGUGCUGGUAGUGCUGCUGCUUCGGAUGCCACGGGCUUGCCGAACCAGGGGGCUUUUAGUCAGUCGGCGACAGGUUCGGGGUCUUCUCCAGCUGCGGCAGCAGCAGCAGGAGGGGUACCGGGAGGAGAAGGCGGAGUGGCUUUGCCAGGAGGCACGUUUGGAUGGCCUGGUGGGUACAGGAACGGAGGGAAGGAGCGAGGUGGAGGAGGAGUAGGAGGAGGAAAGGGAGAGGGUUCUGAGGUUGAAACGGAUUGGUUGGUGGGAGUGGAGGCGUUUAUGAGCCAAUCAGAGAAGCUUUGCUGGGAAGGGUUGUUGGGGAAGGAGAAACGGAAUGGAGGGGGAGUACUGAGGCUGCAGGAGGGCUUGUGGAGCGAAGAGGUUGUGAGAGGGCUCAGGGGGGCUCUGUCAGGGAAGGCAUGGGGGGGAGAAGGUGAGGAGGGGGAGAAAGAGGACGUGAGUGGGGCUGAGCGAGGUGAGAAGGAUGGUAAAAACGAUUCUGAGAAGAAGGAUGGUGAGAAGGAGAAGCGUCAGGAGGAGGAAACGAUGACCGUCAGUGGAGAGGGCAUGCACGGGGAUGUUGCAGCAGCAACAGGAGAAGCAACUGUAGCAGCGACUCGAGUGCUGGUUCUCGGGGAGCUAAGUCGGCAGCAGGUGGUGGAUACCAUCUGCCAGCUGGCGCGCAGGCAUUGGCUGAGACGCAAGGCACUGGCGAGAGAGAGGGUUGUUCGGGCGAGGAAGGAAAAGGAUGGAGUGAGGUUGGGGGAGGGAGGGGGUGGGGAGGGGGAGGUCGGACGUGGUGAGGAGGGGGGGGAAGAGGUGGUGGUGGAUGAAAUGGGGGAGAUGGAAGGGGAAAAGGCUGCGGUGAAAGGGGAAGCGGAGGUGGUGGAGGGAGGGGAAAAGAUGGAGGUUAAAGUGGAAGGGGAAGGGUUGGAGGUGGUCGAGAGUGUGGUGAAGGAGAAGGGAGGAGGUCAGGAAAAGGAGAAAGAAGAAGGUGAGGUGCGGGAGGGGGACGAAGGAGAAGCAAAGAGGGAGGUGGAGGAAGGCCACGAUGGGGCGAGUGAGGGAGUCAAGGGAGGGAAGGAGAAGUCAGGGCGUGCAAGUGAGGAGCCGUCUGAGAGCAAAGAAUCAGGGGCAGAAGGCUCGACUCUGCAAGGCGAAGGCAGUGGGACGGAGGAGGAGGAGGCUGGGUCCAAGCUGGGAGGUGAGGCAGUAGUUGAAGCAAGCUCAGAAGGGAGCGGAGCAGGUGAGGGCAGGCAGGGGGCUGCUGCGUCAGAGGUGGCUGUAGCGGUGCCAGAGGCUCCUCCUGCGCUGCCAGAAGCGCUGCUGUCAGUAGAGCAAGCAGACUUAGGCAGAGCUCUGCGCCUGUACCCGGCUGGUUCCUUCCCCCUCCUCCCACCUGCUUCGGCUCCUGUAGCAGGCGAAACAGGAGCAGCAGGUGAAACAGGAGCAACAGGUGCAGCGGAUGUAGAAGGUUCAAGAGAUGCAGCAGACGUAGCAGAUGCAGCAGACGUAGCAGAUGCUGCAGACGUAGCAGAUGCUGCAGGGGUUGGGAUUGGCGGAGCAGCAGCUGGGCCGCCGUCGCUCUUGACGAUCAGUCUCGGGGGGAAGGUGGCAAUUGGGGCAGGGUCAACUGUGAGGCUGUGGGAGGCGGAUGACAUAGUCCCUCGCACUGCUGCCAGUACAGGAGCGGAUAAUGAUCACGCUGCUGCUGCUGCUGCCGCCGCCGCCACCACCACCGCCGCCGCCGCUGCUACUGACCUGGCACCUAUACCUUCAGUGGAGGAGGCAGCAGCCCCGAUGGAGAUAGGGGAGGUGGACGUGGGGUACCCCGUGCACAUGCUGGCCUUCCACCCCACUGUUGACUCUCUGCUAGCUGUCGCAGGGACCAACCAGGUGGAGGUAAGUCACUUCAUGUUCGAUGUAAGACCAGUCUGA